AUGGGUAGAUUGGGCCGAAUGGGAUCGUUGGUAAAAGAAAGGACUUCUUGGUCUGCCAUUGGGAGUACAGAGGAACAGACUCUGAUUUAUAAGGCUUGUGCGCAUUUGAGCCGUCAAAAAGAUGUUCUGGAAAUCUUAAAGUUCGUUUUAGAUGAAACUAGAACGACUCUUUAUAUUUAUGGCCGGCCAGGUUCGGGGAAGACACAUACGGCUAAGGCUAUCGGUGAAGUCUUAGUUGAGCAAGGACUAGAAGUUUAUUAUAGUAACUUGGUGAUUGAUCCGGAAUUUGAGGCCUUAUCAAGUGGGCCAAAAACAACAACAAUUCUUUUGAUAGCUGAUGAGUUUGAAGGAAAGAAGGCGAGUCGUUUGUACAUUCGCCAGAAAGAUAAGCUUGAAAAGAAGAUAGAGAAGGAGAGAUCUUUAUCAAUGAAGUCAAGUAAAACAAAUAAGACUGUGAAAACAGUCGUUCCUAAAGAGAAAUCAGCACUGGUUUUCAAAACGAUCUUUAUCAGCAAUCGAAAGAGUCAAGACGGCCUUCUUUUCACGCCGUACACCAAAGAAGAGAUCAAAGCUAUUCUGGACCAAGACAAAUCGAUGAGCGCGAUUGAGAAGAUCAUUCGGUUGCGAGAAGGCGUGGAACGGGCUGACAUUCGAGUUUCACUUGGGCGGCAUAUGGUGUUGCCAACUAAUGGAUCUAAAGGCUGCGAUGGCCAGGUUUUUGGCCACUACCACCAAUUCAUUCAACAGCGAGUUGAGGAAGGAGUGGUUUGUAUUAACACUUUGUAUGCUGAGUUUCUGACUGCUAUGAAGCAGAAGGGAAUUUCAGUGAUUCCCAAAGAACUUUUCCAAGACAUCCUUGAAACGUAUCUAGAUGGCUCUCGCUAA